CCAUUCUGUGCUGGAGUAGGAGUCGAGCGCACCCGUCUUGAUCAUCGCACACUCGAAGUCUAUAGCCAGUCGAGAUGAACUGCAAUGCUGGAUUACUGGUUAUUACUGCCGUAUUGGGCAUCACACUCUUGCAGCCUACUGAAACGACAAGCGGAGAAACAUUUGUAGAAGUGGUCGAUGGCAAAUGCGUCUACCAGAACAUAACCCUAGAACACCACCAAAGUAUACAGUUCGAAUCACCUUGCCAAGCUUGGUUCUGCAAUGCAGAGUUUCAUAAAAUAUACUUCGGAGGAUGUACACCCAAUCCUUCGCUUGAGAACUGCGUUGAGGUCAAUGGGAACGGAACUUACCCGGACUGCUGCCCCCGUCUAGUUUGCGAAGGGCAAAGCAGAGGAUGAUGAAAUAAAGGUUUUUUAUAUUCUGUAGCAGCCGAUCACAAUAAAGUAUGUUGUGUACCAAUACAAA